UUCGCAGGUGAGAAUCCGGAUCCGGAUACCUGGUUUUAACAUUACCCGCAAAUCUCUCUCAAGCGUCUCCUGUCUUCGCCAUUUUCCUCUCUCCUACAUUCUUGUCUAAAGCUCCCUAGUCCUUCUGCUACAGAAGAAAAACCGACGAGAGAGACGGACCAAGAAAAUAAAAUUAAAAACAAAGUGAAAAGAAAUGUCCCAAUCAAACCCUAAUUUCCCUCGCAAACAGUUAUCCAAUUCGCUGACCAACUCGCUCAUGGCUCAGAACCAAGUCAUCGACUCACUCACUUCUCACAUCUCCCUCUACCAUUCCCAUUCCCUCUCCCAAAAUCCCAACCCUAACCCUAACAACAAUCCGAGGUCUUUAAUCCUCAAAUGGUUCUCAUCUCUCACCGUCCAUCAACGUCAAGCGCACCUCACCACCGUCGAUUUCAAGUUCACCCAGCUCCUUAUCCAAAUGCUGGGGAAGCUCCGUACGCGUGGCCACGGCUUCUUCAUUAUUCUCCCCGACCUUCCCUCACGUGAUCCUCCCUUCCUCCCCGGCCUCUGUUACAAGCAAUCACGCUGCCUCCUCUCUAGGGUUGCCGAGUCCAACGUGUCGGAACGUCGGGUUUUCGAGUCGGUUCGGUUUUUCGGAUCCAGAGAAGGUGAAAAAAUCGACGAGUGUUCGUGUUCGGUGAGUAGUCUCGAUUCGAUGACGGUGACUGAAGAGUUCGUUGAAAAUGUGGAACUGUUUGUUGAAACCAUGGAUAAAGUAUCGAACGGUGCGUUUCUGAGAGGGGAACAGAGCGAAUUGGGAUCGGAUUGGAUUGAAUUAGAGUGGUUAAAAUCAAAAGGGUAUUAUAGUAUAGAGGCUUUUUUGGUAAAUAGAUUAGAGGUGGCGUUGAGGUUGGCGUGGUUGAAUUUUAAUAAUGGGAAGAGAAGAGGGGUGAAAUUGAAAGAGAAGGUGAAUGCCGCAGGGGUAGCAGCAAAUGUGUAUUGGAGGAAGAAAGGAUGCGUGGAUUGGUGGGUAAAUUUGGGUGAUGCAACAAGGAGGAAGGUAUUGACUGCAAUUAUUGGAAAAGCUGCUAAAUCCCUGACUCUUGAGGUUCUGAAUGCAGCAGGUAGUGCCUCAGAGGAUGAAAUGUGGCUUUUUAGUGGAGGAGCAGAACAACCAAUGAGGUACAAUUAUAGUGAACCACUGCUGGGUACCAUCCCAAAACGCCUGGAGGAUGCAGAAUUUGGCAUAAUUAUUACAGCUGGUUCUCGUUUUGGAAAACCUAAUUCCCUAACCAAUGUCUUCAGUAGUUUAUUUGUGCUUCAGGAUAUUGUUACUUUGGUGCUAUCAUAUCAUAAUAAGUGUGAUAUGGGAAAGGUGUUUUUUAGUGCAUUAGGUUCUAUAAGUACCUUUACUGAUAGUAUAUUAAGAAAGCUGCGAGACAUUCUCAUGGUUAUUUCACUUGAUUGCACAAAACUUGAACUUCUCGGAGAAGGAAAUUUUAACUCUUCAUCCGAUAAAUCCAAGGAUAAGUUCAGUGCAUGUAGCCGUAAGAAAAAGGGAAGGUCCCGAAACAUAAAAAAGCAAAUUCCUGUGGCGAAGGCAGAGGUGAAUGACCUUCUGCCAGAAAAACCUCUCAAGGAUCUUGAAUCUGUAUCAACUAAUAAUAAGAAAGCAGAUUUGAAGGAGUCCAGCAAGAUGCCUGUUAUAACUCAUGGGAAAGAUGUUAACAGAAAAACUCCAUCACAAAUGGAAAUGGAACAUACCCAAUCAUUGAUUGGUGGAAAAGGACGAGCUGCAGCAAGGAAGAGUCGGAAGGAAAAGAAUAAAAACAAACACACUUGCGUCAAUGGUACGACUGAACUUAAAACUUCCAAGAAGGCAGUCAUAGAGGCUUCCACUUCGUCUUUUAUUUUUCAAGAUGAGGCAACAAAUUCCAGUGGUGUAUUGGAUAAUUUAAACAUACAGGGUGUGCCAACUGAUACAAUGAGCCAGAGCAACGUCCUUGAAUCAAAUUCAAGUCCUAAUAGACCACAUAAUCAGCCUUUCAGGGAGGAAAUUGCCAUGCACGUGCAAGAUCCUGAGGUUGGUUCCACCGGACAAGAGGAUUACUCAAAAGAUGUAACUGAGAAUGAAUUUAUUGCUACUGGACAAGAGGAUUCAAAUUGUAGGGUAGAAUGUAAUCGUUUGCCUCCGAUUAUCCCUGUGCCAGAAUCUGAUAGUGUUUUCACUGGUGAAGGCAUCAACUUACAAAAUUCUCAUAGUGCAAGUAAAAUUCAGGAAAAUUCAACUUCUCCUGAUGCAUCAGGGAAUACACUUGAUGUUAAAGAGGAAGUUUCUGUGAUUCAGGUGCAAGAUAAAAAACUUUAUGAUACUGCACCCACAAGCUCUCCUCAAUGCCUUUCAUAUGAGUGGCCUAGUGUAGCUCCCUUUUAUUUUCCUUCUAUAAAUUCACAUGUUCCAGCUGCCACUGAUAGAUUGCACCUAGAUGUUGGUCACAAUUGGCACAAUCACAUCCGCCAACCUUUUGUGCCCACCAUGCAUCAGGCAAGAAAUCCUCAGAUUGAAAGUGGGUGCAAUCGAAUCUUAUCUCGCCCAAUGCCAAUGAGUUUAGAUUGGCCCCCUAUGGUUCGCAGUGCUUCUGGAUUGACACCACCAAUUACUUGCAAUUAUGGCUCUGGAUUUAUCUCAAGGCGACAGACAGCUUUUCAGCAGGGUUUUGCGUCUCAAAAUUUUCAGUUUAAUACAAAGAACCUUGAUGAUGAGAGAAAGUAUUCUGGGGAUUUCUUUGACUUGCCAGAUCUGGCAAAUACAGUAGAACUUGCUGAUGAAUGUGAUAGCCACUGGAUAUCAGAGGAAGAAUUUGAGGUGCAUGCAGUUUCUGGUAUAGAUUAUAAUCAAUACUUUGGUGGGGGUGUGAUGUAUUGGAAUCCUUCUGAUCAUCCAGGGACUGGUUUUUCUAGACCUCCAUCCCUUAGCUCUGAUGACAGCUCAUGGGCCUGGCAUGAAGCAGACAUGAGUAGGGCUGUUGAUGACAUGGUUGCUUUCUCUUCAUCUUAUAGUACAAACGGUUUGACUUCUCCAACUGCUGCUCCAUUUUGUUCCCCUUUUGAACCUUUGGGUCCUGGACACCAGGCAGUUAGUUAUGUUGUGCCAGGAAAUGAUGUGCCUGGCAAAGUGCUGCAUUCUCCAUCACCUACACCUGAUGCGGCAACAGAGGAGGAAGCCUCUGGAUCUUUGGCCAAUUUAUCUAGUGAUGUUGAAGGGAAAACAGGGGAUUCACUUCCUUACCCCAUUUUGCGUCCUAUAAUCAUUCCAAACAUAUCAAGGGAGAGGUCAAGAUCUGACUUUAAGCGUGGUCAUGAUCAUAAGAGCCCUUGUGUUCCUCCUACUAGGCGGGAGCAACCUCGGAUCAAACGGCCUCCGUCACCGGUUGUGCUGUGUGUUCCACGAGCUCCACGUCCACCACCACCGUCUCCUGUAAACGACUCAAGGAAACAGAGGGGUUUUCCAACGGUUAGAUCUGGUAGCUCUAGCCCAAGACAUUGGGGUAUGAGAGGUCUGUACCAUGAUGGAACUAACUCGGAGGAAGCUUGUGUUCGCAUGGAUGGUACUGAAGUUGUUUGGCCUUCUUGGAGAAGUAAGAGUCUUUCAGCCCAUCCAAUGAUCCAUCCUCUACCUGGUGCUUUGCUGCAAGACCAUUUGAUUGCAAUGUCUCAGCUGGCUCGUGAUCAGGAACAUCCAGAUGUGUCAUUUCCUCUGCAACCACCUGAGUUACAGAGCUGCCCAGCACGAAAGGCAUCUCUCUCUUCAAUACACAGCCUCCUUAAUGAUGAAAUUGAAUCUUUCUGCAAGCAGGUUGCAGCAGAGAAUAUGGCUCGUAAGCCAUACAUUAAUUGGGCUGUCAAGCGGGUUACAAGGUCUCUCCAAGUCCUAUGGCCUAGGUCAAGGACAAAUGUCUUUGGUUCAAGUGCAACCGGCUUAUCUCUUCCAACAAGUGAUGUAGACCUUGUGGUUUGUCUUCCUCCAGUAAGGAAUCUGGAACCUAUCAAAGAAGCUGGGAUUUUAGAAGGACGUAAUGGUAUUAAAGAAACUUGUCUUCAGCAUGCUGCCAGGUAUCUUGCCAAUCAGGAGUGGGUAAAGAAUGAUUCUCUGAAGACUGUGGAAAAUACAGCUAUUCCUAUUAUUAUGCUUGUGGUAGAAGUUCCUGAUGACCUAAUCACUUCUGCGGCCUCUAAUCUACAAUCACCAACAGAUGAGCAAAUAGAGAAGAGUGCUGAACGUGGCAACCAUGCUCAUUCUGAUACUGUUGGCUUAGAAGACUCUGCUUCACCUAAGUGUUCAAAAAUAAGUUAUGGUAAUAUGAAGGAUGUCAAAUCAGUUCGUCUAGACAUCAGUUUCAAGUCUCCAUCACAUACAGGACUCCAAACUACAGAACUGGUGAGGGAGCUGACUGAGCAAUUUCCAGCUGCUAUGCCUCUUGCUUUGGUACUAAAACAGUUCUUAGCAGAUCGUAGCCUGGAUCAGUCCUACUCUGGUGGCUUAAGUUCAUAUUGCCUGGUGUUACUUAUUACACGUUUUCUACAGCAUGAGCAUCAUCUUGGACGGCCUAUCAACCAAAAUUUUGGAAGCCUUCUGAUGGAUUUUCUUUACUUUUUUGGGAAUGUGUUUGAUCCCCGACAAAUGCAAAUUUCUGUGCAGGGAAGUGGAGUAUAUAUAAACAGAGAGAGAGGCUAUAGCAUUGAUCCUAUACACAUUGAUGAUCCUCUUUUUCCAACAAAUAAUGUGGGGAGAAAUUGCUUUCGGAUACAUCAGUGUAUCAAGGCAUUUUCAGAGGCCUAUUCUACACUGGAGAACGAGCUUACCUGCCUAUCAAGUAACAUCAAUUCAUGUUUUAACCCACCAUGCAGAAUGCUUCAAAAAAUCAUCCCAAGUAUGAAUUUAUCAUAGGGGCUUUAGUUGUUUGGGAAAUCUUAUCUGUCCGGAAGUUGAAGUCUUCACACAAUGGGAGCUUUGGGACUUGAUUGUUCACUGAAAGUCCUUGGGAAUGGGCUCUAAGGUGAUCAAUUUUCUGUUAGGCCAAUCCAGGGAUUGGCUCAAAGGACAAAUUUUUAAAAGCAGAUUUGUCCUUUGCAUCAAUUUUUUUGCAACUUCUGAAGGGAAAGUCUGCCGAGCUCAUAGUUUUGAGCUGAGGUGAUUGUCAAGUUCAAAGCGUGCAAAGAGUUGCAAGUUCGUUUGUAUGAGAUGCUGUUAUUGUUAUGAAGGUAUUCAAUUAUGUUUUGCUAUGUAGACAUUUAUUCCCCAUGCUCUUGCAUUGCUCUUUGUUUGUCUUUUAAGCUUACAGGUUAUUGCUGUCAUUAAAGAUGGAUGCUUGAUUGUAUGGUAGAGAAUUAACAAGGCUGGAGUGUGUUCUCUUGCCUCCUACAUGAAAGAGCAGCCCUGUACCUUGGUAGCGGGUUUGCAACAAAAAGGGAGAAAGGGCAAGACAAAUAUGCAUCAAAAUUGGUCAUUUCUACUGAUCAAUUGCGUCAAUUUUGCAGCUGAUCUGAAGGGUGGUCUGAGUUAUCAUCUAAUAAUAUGUUGUGACCAUAGCAAUACCUUAUUACAAUGGUCGUGCUCCCCAAGGCGUAAAUACAGAAUUUAUCUUGAAGAAAAAGAUAAUAUAAAGUUUGUACAGCCAUUUGAUAUGGGAGAAAUAAGACUCCAAACAAUGAUAUCUUGUUUUACAUUAAGUAUUAUCAUUUAACAACAGUAUACUAAACUAGAACUUCAUAUUUAUUUUGACCCAAA